GAAGAAUAAAGUGAUAGCCAUCGCAAAAUGGUUGGGUUAGGGUUCCAGAAUCAAUUGCAAGAAAUCCUUUCAAUUGUAAAACAUAUGUCGUGGUUCACGGUAACUCAGCUCAAUUUCUUAAUCGUCCUCCUCCUAUUCUUCUGUUUUCGGACGCCGAUCGUGCGAUCAUUGCCGGAUAGUCCAGGAUCUAUCCGGUUACCUUCCGAAGGCUUCACCAACGCCGAUGAGAACGAAGGCGUCUGCGCGCGAUUCACCAAGCCGGCAUCGUGCCCGGUCAAUUGCUUCCGAACGGAGCCCGUGUGCGGCGUCGAUGACGUUACCUAUUGGUGCGGUUGCGCCGAUGCGUUGUGCUCCGGAACUCGCGUAGCGAAAGUAGGAUUUUGCGAGGUUGGGAAUGGAGGUAGCGCCUCGUUUCCUGGUCAAGCUCUGCCUUUGGUUCAUAUUGUUUGGCUCGUCUUGCUUGGAUUUUCUGUAUUGUGUGGUCUAUUCUAAUCAUUCAAAUUAGAGAAUUUUAUGUUUCCUCUCGGCUGCGAUCUGUAUUUCUUACGUCUUCCAUUCGUUUUCCUUAUAUGUAUUACUGUAACCUAAAUUCUUCGGACUAACAUAUCAAUUUGGUUUUC